GUGGAAUUACCAACGUCUGUGAAGAUGAAAAACGACAGAAUCGGAUUGGUCAAUGAUCAUGAUGACAUGAAAAAUCACUGUAGCAGUUCUGUCUGCACUGGCAGAUGCUUAAGCAUAAUUUUCUUCUGUAUUGGUGUGGUGCUGAUGUUAUCCAUGGGACUGGCCUUAUACUUCAGUCUCCAUAAAGACAUCAUGACAGUGGCGCCUGUUCCUGCUCCAACAGUGGUGCCUCCUCCACCCUGUAAAGACCCAUGUGUAAUCACACUGGUAGAGAGUAUCCCUGAGAACCUAACCUACCCAGCAGGCUCCCCAUCACACCCCUCAACCUACUCAGCUCUCAUAGACUUGAUGGAGAUGGCCACCUCACAGAUAGAGAUUGCCUCCUUCUACUGGACUCUUAGUGGAUCAGACAUAGAGUACCACGACAACUCAAGCUGGCAGGGGGAAAGUGUACUGAGCACUUUAAUGGCAGCUGGCCGUUUCAGAAAGCUGAAGAUAAAGAUUGCCCAGAACAAGCCAGACAACGGAUAUUACAACAACACUCGAGACCUAGCCAGAUAUGCUGGAGCUGAAGUGAGGACCCUUGACUUCAAAAGUUUGAUGGGAAAUGGCAUUCUACACACCAAGAUGUGGCUUAUUGACCGUAAACACUUCUACGUUGGAAGUGCCAACUUGGACUGGCGAUCCUUUACUCAGGUGAAGGAAAUGGGUGCAGUUAUCCGUAACUGUCCCUGUAUGGCGCGGGACAUGGGCAAGCUUUUUGAUGUUUACUGGGACCUAGGACUUCCAGGUGCCAAAGUCCCCUCCCAAUGGCCGACAUCCUACAACACAGAUAUAAACAAUAAUAACACCAUGGAAAUCAACUUCAAUAGCACCAAUGUCGCGGCCACCACCUACAUAUCUAGUUCUCCCCCUCCAUUCUGCCCCGCUGGAAGGACCGUUGAUGUUGAUGCCAUUGUGGAUAUCAUCCAAAAGGCAGAGGAAUUUGUUUAUGUAGCAGUUAUGGACUACUUCCCGACGACACAGUUCACUAAACCACGAGUUUAUUGGCCGGUGAUAGAUGAUGCCUUUCGACGUGCAGCAUUUAAUCGUCGGGUCAAAGUUCACCUGUUGAUUAGCUAUUGGCAGCACACAUGGGAGGACAUGAAGAUCUACCUGAGUUCUCUGAAUGACCUCUGGUUCAAGUCCUACCCUGAACUGGACAUAACUGUUAAAAUUUUUGAAGUGCCUGCUUUCACUGAUUCCCAGAAGAAGAUUCCUUACGGCCGAGUCAACCACAACAAGUAUAUGGUCACGGAUAAAACAGCUUACAUAGGGACAUCCAAUUGGUCGGCAGAUUACUUCAUCGACACAGGUGGAAUAGGCCUAGUAAUAAACCAGCAGAGAACUCCAGCCUUAUCUAAGGAGGGUGAUGUACGACAACAGCUAGAGGAUGUGUUUCUUCGUGACUGGAAUUCCAAAUAUGCAUGGGACUUUAAUACGUUUAACUUCACCUCUGUGGACAGGCAUACUGAGCUAUGAUUAGGGACUGGCAUACUGAGCUAGGAUUAGGGACAGGCAUACUGAGCUACGAUUAGGGACCGACAUACUGAGCUAGGAUUAGGGACAGGCAUACUGAGCUACGAUUAGGGACCGACAUACUGAGCUAGGAUUAGGGACAGGCAUACUGAGCUACGAUUAGGGACCGACAUACUGAGCUAGGAUUAGGGACAGGCAUACUGAGCUGGGAUUAGGGACAGGCAUACUGAGCUACGAUUAGGGACCGACAUACUGAGCUAGGAUUAGGGACAGGCAUACUGAGCUAGGAUUAGAGACAGGCAUACUGAGCUAUGAUUAGGGACAGGCAUUCUGAGCUAUGAUUAGGGACAGGCAUACUGAGCUAUGAUUAGGGACCGACAUACUGAGCUAGGAUUAGGGACAGGCAUACUGAGCUAGGAUUAGGGACAGGCAUACUGAGCUACGAUUAGGGACCGACAUACUGAGCUAGGAUUAGGGACAGGCAUACUGAGCUAGGAUUAGGGACAGGCAUACUGAGCUAGGAUUAGAAGACUGGUUGGUGAUAUUUCCAGGGUUAUGCUAAACUUUCAGUGACAUUGUUGUACAUGUACCACAUGUACUUGGUGCCUUUUUCAUACAAUAUAUUGGGUAUG